CGCUGCUUUGUUAUUCAGCAUCCAAAACCCUCAUUCCUCGUCGAUCUAAUUAUAUAAUUCGUCAGUCCUAUUGAUUGAUCGGUGGAUAGCUAACUUAUAAUUAUGGCGGACGCUUAUUGGAGGUACGGAGACGGCAGGCAGCAGCCGGCGGGCCUUGCUCCUCAUGCGGUGAAACGACCCCGGCCGGAUUUCGCAACUUCUGUAGAGAUGCCCACUAGCCAUGAAAUGCCCAACUAUUUUGCUCGCCCAGAUGAUAGGUCCGGGUCCCGUGUUGUUAGAGAUACUGACUCCAUUAAUGCUUCAUAUGAUCGCUACCUUCGCAAUACACAACUGUCAUCUCAUGGUAAUGACGUUGGACGACCUGUGAGUAGCGGACUUGGAGGACCUCAUUACGUUGAUGAUCCUCGUGUAAUGGCAAUUGGAGGACCGGAUUUGGCUGUGGCUGCAAAGAGCAGGCCAAUUGGAGUUGGAGGGCGGCCUGAGAUUCAACUCCCUCCUGAUGCUACAAGCACGCUGUAUGUGGAGGGCUUGCCCGGAAAUUGUAGUCGACGGGAAGUGUCUCAUAUAUUUCGCCCCUUUGUUGGCUAUAAGGAAGUAAGGCUCGUGACAAAGGAAUCAAGACAUUCUGGGGGUGAUACGCUGGUGCUGUGCUUUGUUGAUUUUCUGAGUCCAGCUCAUGCAGCCACAGCAAUGGAUGCCUUACAAGGUUAUAAAUUUGACGAGCAUGACCGCGACUCAGCCAUACUAAGGCUCCAAUUCGCACGCUAUCCUGGUGCGAGGUCAGGGGGCGGGAAUCGAGGGAAACGUUGAGAUUGCUGGUUUUUUCGACAGGACCCUCUGAGUGGUGAGAUUUACAAGUUAUAUUUGUGUCUCGAGCUUGGAGUUUUCGUGAAUCUUCAGAUGCUUGCUUAGGAACCAGUGGGUUUACGUCAAUCGAAGUGUGCGUGUUUGAAUUUGGGACAUUUUCUUGUUGACCUCUCUUUGUUUAGUUUAUUGUCUUGGAUAUUUACUAGACUACUAUUAUUGUCACCUUAUUGGAAACUACUAUGUAAUAUCUGCAUUGGAGGUUAUAUCCGCUACAUGUCUGGUUUAAAAGUGACCUAGUGUAGAAUUACCAUUUGAUUUGCACUGCAGAUUUUGAAUAUUGAUUGUUUUUCACUCUCCAUGUUGCACAGUCGGCAGAUCUGUAAAAAUGUCUGUCUUUUGACUGAUAAUUUGGAUAUGUUUGCCGGAAUAUGGUUUUUACUUUGUUGGAUAAAAUUUUAUGCAUUUCAACCUUUGUGUCUCAUGUUAGCUGGUGUCAAGGAACUGAAAUUUUACAGACUUCUUAUCUAGUUGACAUCAUAGAACACUAAUAUUAGAUACCAAAUUUUGUAACUUUUUAGUGGUGUCAUGCUAUCUAUGCAUCAUAUCUUCUCCUUUUGUGCUCUCUAUACCUUCUUUCUUUUUGUACUUUUACACCUUGGCCAAUACAUCAAUUUUGAACCCAAUUUCUUCCUACCAAUUUCCCAUAUCUGCUAUCGCUAAAAAUACUGUCAACUUAGUUGUCUUUGUGACUUGUUUUUCUUAGCAGUAACCUACAUGUAACAUUCUUCAAUGUUAUAGGGGUCGUAGUUUUGUUUCUAGUAGAAAGAACGUUUUAAAAUUGGCCUAUCAUGCUGCUCAAGCUCCAGAUAUUUGUGAUGAAUGCACUACUUUGUAGAUGCCUAAAUUGUCCAAAAUAUUUAUCAUACAUGCUGGCGUUUAAGUCUGAUAAUAUUGUAAAACUACUAAAUGAAAAAUCCAACCUAGUCUAUGGACAUUCACUAAAUAUUUGCAAUUUAGAGUUCAUAACUACGCAAGUAUCACAUACAACGUGAUACCAUUAAUGCUCAAAUGUCCUCGUUAAAAACAAUCUAAUGAGUUGAUUGCCCUAUACUACUCUAUCAUUCUUAACUGAAUAUCAAAAUCCAUAAAGUGAGAUAGAAACACCUACGCAUGGCUCAUAUUUGUUGCUUGACCUACUAUAUCUAGCUAACGCUCAGUCUUCUUUCUUUCUUUUUAUUUUUUAUUUUUUUAAAUAAUAAUCUCGCCCUACUAGCCAGGCAUCACACACCUCAUCUUAUUUAUCUACAUUAUGGCACGGAUUGGUAUACUUGGCAUUUGAGGCCUGAAGUACUAAGUACUUCUAUUCAUGGAAUAUAUGUUAAAUAAUAAUCUCCUGGCUUUUCGUGCUGAACCUUGCUACAUCGGCACCACUUUAUUUAUGUCCUCACUACUUUAUUAAUAACAAUUUUAUGAAGCUCCAAUCCCUGAUGUAACUGAAGAUUCAUUAGUUUAUCAUUAUAUAGCAAUACAAUAAAUUUUGAUUAUGACGCUUGCCUUUGGCGUGAAUUAUUGUUGCCACUUUAUAAUGCCAUACAUUCGGGUGAAAUAGAUGGUGUGUCCUGUCCAGUUGAAUCUCUCUAGUUUAUCAUCUGUAAUUUGGUAUUCCAUAUUCCAUCCAUAGUCUUAACAGUCAUUCGAUUGAGAGCAGUGUACAUUUUUUGUACCGAUGGCUUGUCCGUUUUAGUUCUGGAUAUGUGAAAAGUAAAGAGCUGAGUCCAAUUAAGAUUCUCACAUGCCAAGGGUAAACCGAUGAAUCAUAAGUGUUAUGGCAACACAUGGCUGUUCCAUUUAUAAGAGUGAAUAGUUCUGAUGCUGGGAGCCCAUAACUACUCUCGAUAAGGUGUUAUCAGGUCAAUUCAUGAUUCAAUCACUCUCUCAUCGUGAUUGGCGUUUCUUUGGAUAAAUGUUAAUGGCUGAUUAUUAGCCUUGUGAUGUAACAUAACUUAUGUAUCUGCUGUUUGUUUGUUGCAAACAGUUGGUUCCAUAUGUUCUCAUUAUUUUCGCUGUUCUGGAAAUUUGAUUACCUCUGUGUAAAGUUAAACUUUUGUAGUUUAAGGAAAGCUGGUAUUUUGUGAAAGUCUUAAUUGCAGACUUUCUACUUAACCAGUCUGAUAAAAACCUCCCAUUUUAUGUUGGCUUAUUGUGUGUAUUUAUUAGCUCUGUAUUUCUAUGUGCGUUAGAAAGAUGGUAUUGGAAUUAUUUCAUUAGUAGUUUAG